AUGUUUGGCUUCAUUGAUCCAAGAACGGUGAGAAAGUUGAAAUUGUUGAAGAAGAGCAGUAAGCUUCGGGCCUUUUUCGACGAGAUCUUUGAUCCUGAAUUGGGAUCCUGGCUUCUAGAUGAGAUUCAGCUCAAUAAACAGAUAGUCGAGCAUGAAGGUCAACUGCGGUUUUGGGAGCCGUCGCCAUCGGACCAAGUGUCUAAUAUCACGUCACAUGAUCCCCGUGGCUGCCCGACUUACGUGGAGAACUAUGUGGAGAUAUUCAAGAAAGAACCACUUAAACCUGGGUUGCUAGAUGUCCACCUGCCCCAUCCAAACGUACUCGACUUUGUGACUGGAAAGUUGCAGAACUCGGUCGGCCUCACUAUCAAAGACAGAAACAUGUCUCAAUCCGAAGAACCGGAUCCGGAGGAGAUGGCUCGCUAUGGACUCAGCCACGACCCGACCAUAAAUGAUAUGGAUGAAAGUGACGAUGAUGCUGGAGGCAUGUCGUCCCAAGUGGCCACGCAGAAAAGCGCCAUAAAACAGGAACGUUCUGCAAAGUCGUUUAAGGGGUUUUUCGACAAGUUUAAAAAGUGA